UAUUUGUGAAAUAACGUGAAACAAUCACUUUAGUUUCCAACACAUUAUAAAACGACACCACUGCCUUCUUCUAGACUGUCGUACUAUCAUCGUUCAUUGUCCGAUUCAAACAAAACAAAAACAACCACCUCCCAGUCAAUCAAUCAGCGCACCACCACCACCACCAAUCUCUUCCCUCUCUUGCAUCUAUUAGAUUUGCUAAAAACAGUACUCCUCUCUCCCUCCUUUGGCCAAAAGUCCAUAAAUAAAUGUACUUUAAGAAUCGUUAAUGAAUCUCUUCGUUGUUCGUCAACUUCGCAUCUGUAAGGAAUUUAGAGCAAGCUAUUUGUUCGAAUAGUUAGACGUAUAGUUGAUGAUUGUUUUGCUGAAGGUGUUUCUGGGAUGGUUGUGAUACGAGGAGUAGCGAGGCCGUUGAUAUCUGGUUACUCUCCUGAACUUGAAUCUGGAUCGUCGGCGUCGUCGAAGCUAGGGUUCCUUAGAUUCUCAGUCGGCAACAAUGCGGUUAAUAAUUUGGGAUUUUGUCGUGGUGGCGGGAAUGCGAGGUUGAGAUCUUGGUGCCUUAUUAAGGCAAUGGAUAUGGAGGAGUCUGCUGCUUCUUUGACCAAGGAUUGCUCGGGUAUUUCUGGAAAAGAUCUCCAAAUGAUGUCUUGCAACGGAAAGUCAACCAACAUUGUGUGGCAUAAAAGUUCAGUUAAUAAAUUUGAUAGGCAAGAGUUACUUCGGCAGAAAGGUUGUGUCAUUUGGAUUACCGGUCUCAGCGGUUCAGGAAAGAGCACUUUGGCAUGUUGUCUGAGUCAAGGCCUGCACUCAAGAGGAAAGUUGACCUACAUCCUUGAUGGUGACAAUGUCCGACAUGGUCUAAACUGUGACAUUGGUUUUAAAGCCGAAGAUAGGACAGAAAAUAUUCGGAGGAUCGGGGAGGUAGCAAAGCUUUUUGCGGAUGCCGGUGUUAUUUGCAUUGCUUGUUUAAUAUCUCCCUACAGGAAGGACCGAGACAGUUGUCGCGCAUUACUACCAGAGGGAGAUUUCAUUGAGGUGUUCAUGGAUGUGCCACUUGAAGUGUGUGAGGCAAGGGACCCAAAGGGCCUAUACAAACUUGCUCGUGCUGGAAAGAUCAAAGGUUUUACUGGCAUUGAUGAUCCUUAUGAACCACCACUAAAUUGUGAGGUAACACUGACACAGAAGGGAAACAACUGUGUUUCUCCAUGUGAGAUGGCUGAAACUGUAAUAAGUUAUUUGGAAGACAAAGGGUAUCUGGAGGCCUGAUAAGCCGAAGGAAAAACAGUAAAACGAUUUGCUGCCUGGAAAGAGCCUUGAAUUCUUAGAUACUGAAGCUUAUAUUUACUGCAAAAUAAAAUGCCUCAAUAAUGGAAAAUAAUGUCUGUCAAGGAAAUUUCUCGUUUCCUGCAUCUAGCAGUCAUUCAUUUGUAAAUAGCAGUAGCAAUAUGAUGUUCAUUAUGGAAUAAACAUGUCUAGGGUCUGGACAGAGUGCUUGUAUUCAAACAUCGAAGCUUGUAAAUUUGUAUAAUUAGCAAAUACCUGGGUUCUCAUUGUCUUA